AUGUCACAAUUUGUAUCAUCACCGGCUCCUCUUCCUUCGGAAGCAGCCCAUUUGUUGAACUCGCAAAUUUCCUCCUCGUAUGGCCGUGAUAUUUCAACGCCAUCUCAACCUUUAAUAUUCUCAGACAACAAUGGACCAACACCCAUUGCCUUGGGAAACAAAGCAAUAGCUGGUAGACGAAGACAAAUUGCCGUGCCGAAAGUUGUUGACGUUACUGGUGAGAAAGUCCGAGAGAGUUUUGAGAACUUUGUUGAAGAGUUUGUUGAUGAAGAAGAGGUAAACAACCAUUGGCAGGGAAAAGUCUAUUUGGCGCAAAUCGAAUCAAUGAAAACUUAUGAGUAUAGCACGCUAUAUGUAAACUAUCAGGACUUGUUAUCAAGAGAAAACGGUGUUUUAGCAACUGCUAUUUCCGAACAAUAUUAUCGGUUCUACCCCUUUUUAUUGAAUGGGUUAAAAAGAUUAUUGAAAAAAUACGCUCCAACUCUUCUUUACACAAGUUUGCUUGGUGAUACCAAUAAUGACAACAAUAACAACAACAACAACAAUAAUAACGAGGAAGAAGGGCUUAGUGAAGGCGCCUCGUCAACAAUGUCGCAUACAGCAAAUGAACGUGUUUUUCAAAUUUCAUUCUUUAAUAUGCCCACAGUACAAAGAAUUAGAGAUAUAAAGUCUAAUAAAAUCGGAUCUUUGUUGACGAUAUCUGGUACAGUAACAAGAACAUCGGAAGUUAGACCAGAAUUGUAUCGUGCUUGCUUCACGUGUGAUAUGUGUUCGGCAAUGAUUGAAGGUGUUGAGCAAGUUUUUAAAUACACCGAGCCAACAUCUUGCCCUUCAUGCGAAAAUCAAUCAUACUUUACACUAAAUAUGUCCAAGUCCCAGUUUAUUGAUUGGCAAAGGGUAAGAAUUCAAGAGAACUCAAACGAGAUUCCUACUGGUUCAAUGCCUCGUACUUUGGAUGUUAUCUUGCGUGGUGAAACCGUUGAGAGAGCUAAACCUGGUGACAAGUGUAAAUUUACUGGGUGCGAAAUUGUUAUUCCCGACGUUUCUCAAUUGGGCUUACCUGGGGUGAAACCACAAUCUAUCAAAGAAAAUAGAGGCUCUGAAUUGAACUCGGGAGUUACUGGAUUGAAGUCAUUAGGUGUAAGAGAUUUGACCUAUAAAUUGGCAUUUAAUGCUUGCCAUGUAAGUUCAAUGAUAAAUAAAGCUGGCGGCGCUAAUGAAUUAGAGACUGAUCUCACCAAUCAAGAAAUCUUUCUUACAUCAUUAAGUGACGCUGAUGUCAAUGAGUUGAAGGAUAUGGUCAAGGAUGAUUACAUUUAUGAUAAAUUAGUCAAGUCUAUAGCUCCUGCAGUAUUCGGUCAUGAAGUUAUUAAAAAGGGAAUUCUUUUGCAACUUUUAGGUGGUGUUCAUAAGCAAACAGUUGAUGGUAUAAAUUUGCGAGGAGAUAUAAAUAUUUGUGUUGUUGGAGAUCCCUCAACUUCAAAAUCGCAAUUUUUGAAAUAUGUGUGUGGUUUCAGUCCCCGUGCUGUUUAUACCUCAGGUAAAGCAUCAACUGCAGCAGGAUUAACUGCAGCAGUGGUCAAGGAUGAAGAAAGCGGAGAGUAUACAAUUGAAGCUGGUGCUUUGAUGUUAGCUGAUAAUGGUAUUUGCGCCAUUGAUGAGUUCGACAAGAUGGAUAUUGCUGAUCAAGUUGCCAUUCAUGAAGCCAUGGAGCAACAAACAAUUUCUAUUGCAAAAGCGGGUAUUCAUGCCACUCUAAAUGCACGAACUUCGAUUUUGGCAGCAGCAAAUCCCAUUGGAGGAAGAUAUAAUAGAAAGAUUGGAUUAAGAUCAAAUUUGAAUAUGACUGCCCCAAUCAUGUCUAGAUUUGACUUGUUCUUUGUGAUAUUGGAUGAUUGCAAUGAGAGGGUUGAUACCCAAUUAGCAUCACAUAUUGUUGAUUUACACAUGUUGAGAGAUGAUGCCAUCAAUCCACCUUAUUCAGCUGAGCAAUUGUCUAGGUAUAUCAAGUAUGCUAAAACGUUUAAACCGAAAAUGACAAAAGAAGCUCGAGAUUUCCUUGUGACAAGAUAUAAGGAAUUGAGAGAGGAUGAUGCACAGGGAUUAGGUCGUUCAUCGUAUAGAAUAACCGUAAGACAGUUAGAGUCUAUGAUUCGAUUGUCGGAGGCUAUUGCUAGAGCUAACUGUACUGAGGAAAUUACUCCUAGUUUUGUUGCAGAGGCAUAUGACCUAUUGAAACAGUCCAUCAUAAGGGUUGAAAUGGAAGAUAUUGAGGUUGAAGGAGAUGAAGAAACUGCCGAGGGAGAAGAGGAAAAGCGAGAAGAGGAGAUUUUAGAAAGCGAAAGACCAUCUGUACCUCAAAGAGUCCAACCUGUUUCCAUUACUUAUGAUAAGUACGUUUCAAUUAUGAACUUACUAGUCAAGAAGAUAUCAGAAGAUGACAAAGCUGGCGGUGAUGGACUAACUGCUGAUGAGUUGGUAGACUGGUACUUACUACAAAAAGAAGAUGAUUUGUCUAGCGAAGCUGAAUAUUUACUGGAGAGGAAAACAGCAUAUAAAGUGCUAAAGAGAUUAGUCAAGGACAAAAUUUUGAUGAGUGUGUCUAAUAAUGACCUGGAUUCAAUGCCAGAAAGUGUAGGUUCCAAAACUAACACGGUUUAUAUAAUUCAUCCAAAUUGUGCAAUUUUGGAUUUCUUUGAAAGAGAAGGCGAAGACAUUGAGUCAACCUAA